AUGCAUGUCACCUGUGUGGCUAGAAGGGUACCACGGGAGACCAUGCUGAAAGCCUUCUUAAGGCAUCCCUUUUCGGGCCGUGAUGUGCCCAUCUCUAAUGGCUCGGGUUUCCUGGUGUCUCCGGACGGGCUCAUUGUGACCAACGCACACGUGGUGGCAAACCGGCGGCGUGUGCGGGUGAAGCUGGCCAGCGGUGAGCAGUAUGACGCCGUGGUGCAGGAUGUGGACCAGGUCGCAGACAUCGCUACCAUCAAGAUCAAGCCUAAGCACCCGCUGCCCACCCUGCCCCUUGGGCGCUCCUCCGAGGUGCGGCAGGGAGAGUUCGUGGUGGCCAUGGGCAGCCCGUUUGCCCUGCAGAACACCAUCACCUCUGGCAUCGUCAGCUCUGCCCAGCGGGGCAGCCGGGAGCUGGGCCUGACCGCCUCUGACAUGGAGUACAUCCAGACCGAUGCUGCUAUCGAUUUUGGGAACUCCGGGGGCCCCCUCGUCAACUUGGAUGGCGAAGUGAUUGGGGUGAACACUAUGAAGGUGACAUCAGGCAUCUCUUUUGCCAUCCCCUCAGACCGGCUGCGGAAGUUCCUGCAAAAGAAGGAGCAGCGCAAAAGCUCUUGGUUUGGCAAUACAGAGGCAAAGCGCCGUUACAUAGGGGUGAUGAUGCUGACUCUUACACCCAGCAUCCUGGCUGAGCUGAAGCUGCGUGACCCCAGCUUCCCCGAUGUCUCCUACGGGGUGCUAAUCCACAAGGUGAUCAUUGGCUCCCCGGCCCAUCAGGCAGGGAUGAAGGCAGGUGAUGUCGUGCUGGAGAUAAAUGGGCAGGCAUCGCGCCGAGCAGAGGAUGUGUACGAGGCAGUACGGACGCAGCAGAGCCUGGCCUUGCUGGUGCGGCGUGGCUACGACACUUUGCUGGUGAGCGUCGUCCCUGAGGUCACGGAGUAGCGGUGCUGUCACACAGGCCACUGCGGGUGCUGCUGGUGGUGCUGGCCAAGAGCCAAGGACACAGGACUGAGCCAUGUCUGUGCGCCUAUCAGGGAGAGACUGAGAGCUUGUGAGGAACUGGAAGGGGCCAGGCAGAGGGGGCCCGGCCCGGUGCUUGGGUGGACUCAUGGUGCAACCAUUCCCCUCUGUACUGAAAUAAAGCAGUUUUC